AUGUGGAAGGUCGUAAAACGGAGGAAGUUCAUAUUGAAACUUUCGAAAGCUUUGCUCUCUUUUGGUGCACCAUCUCACAGAAUCGAGUCACAACUUUCCGCCGCGUCUGACAUUCUCGACGCUCAAGCUGAGUUUGUGCACUUGCCCAAUAUCAUUAUCGUUUCUAUUCGCAACGGAGAAACUCGUUCAACACGCACAUAUUUCAUACGAUCUCGAGGACGUAUCGCUCUUUCCUCUCUGCACAAAGUUCACCAGAUAUACCGUGACGUCCUGCAUGACAAGCUUGGAGCAGAAGCCGGAACCGACGCCCUCAGAAAUUUACUCCGAUCCCCUGCCAUAUAUUCUCUCGGUUGGAGAUGUUUUUUGGCGUUUCUAUGCGCGUCAAUUAUCUGUGGUCUGUCGUUCGGUGGCUCCCUCGUUGACAUGUGGGUUAGCGGCGCGUGUGCAUGCACCCUUCAAUACCUGGGACUAAAUGCUGCCAACAAAAGCUCGAUGUACGCUAAUGUUUACGAGAUUUCAGUUUCGAUCGUCGUGGCCUUCGUUGCUAGAGGCUUGAGCAACAUCCCAGGCAAUAUUUUUUGUUAUAGUGCAAUCUCAUCUGCUGGCGUUGUCGUGAUUCUGCCAGGAUUCACUGUGUUGAUCAGUGCUCUCGAACUUAUGUCGAAAAACAUUUUCUGUGGUUCCGUGCGGAUCGUCUAUGCGAUUAUUUACACGUUGUUUCUGGGAUUCGGGUUAACCAUCGGUUCAGACUUUUAUCUCGUGAUCGAUCGGCGUGCUCGUCGAGCAUACUAUCGUAGUUCUAUUCCAGAAAACCUCACCUAUACACAUGGUCAAUUUUUGAUGACGAACGGGACCAGUCCCUUCUCUUCGAUUACGGGUGUUUUGGGCCGGGGAAAUGCCAUACAUUUUGGUGAGCAUAUUAUCAAAGGUUGUAUACGUGAUCCAUUGUGGGGAUGGUGGAGGCAGCCAUUGCCAUGGUGGGCAUUGUUCUUUCUGGUCCCAAUUUACUCCGUAUGUUCGUCCCUAUCCAAUCUGCAGUAUUGGAGGAGCGUCCAACUCCCUGUCAUGGUCAUCUUCUCCUGCUUUGCCUAUGCUGCGAACAGGGCCGCGAGUCUCGUUUUGCCUGGCAGGACGGACAUUGUUUCUGCUGCUGGUGCCUUCGUUAUAGGCUCACUUGGAAAUGUUUAUUCUCGAGUCGUUCGCGGUACGGCUUUCACUUCCAUGGUAACCGGAGUUUUAUUUUUGGUGCCAUCCGGUAUUGCGCAGGGGGGUGGGGUUACUCAAACGUAUCACAAUUCGGCGGAACAAUAUUCGAGUGGAUUUUCGUUGGCGCUUCGGAUGAUUUCUGUCGCUGCAGGCGUUACUAUUGGCCUGUUCGUAAGUCAAGUUAUUGUAUACCUGUUUGGUUCUCGCAAAAACGCUGCUCACUUUGCUUUCUGA